AUGGCGAGCGAAAUCAGACGGGCACCUUUCCAAUUUCAGGCCGUUGCCUGUCGCAAAACAUCACGCGCGCAAGCACACGCGAAUUUAUCGUUCGCGGAGGAGUCAGUCGCCGGCGUCAUGGCCUCCACGUACAAUCUCGAGCCGCACCCCACGGCCAAGGUCGUUCUACACACGACAACCGGCGACCUCGAGCUCGAGCUCUUCGCGAAACAGACGCCCGUGACGUCCCGGAACUUCCUCCAGUUAUGCCUCGACGGCUACUACGACAACACCGUCUUCCAUCGUCUCGUAAAAGACUUCAUCAUACAGGGAGGAGAUCCGACAGGCACCGGUCAUGGCGGCGAAAGUAGUUACGAUGGCGAGCCCUUUGCCGAUGAGUUUCAUAGCCGGCUCAAGUUCAAUCGAAGAGGCUUGCUGGGCAUGGCAAACACGGGAAAGAAAGAUGACAAUGGCAGUCAGUUCUUCUUCACGUUGGCCAAUACGCCGGAGCUGCAGGGACAGAACACAAUGUUCGGAAGAGUAGCUGGUGAUACCAUCUACAACCUCAUGAAGAUGGCCGAGUCAGAGAUUGCAGAAGGAAGCGAGGACAGACCCAUGUAUCCCACGAGAAUAACGAGCGCCGAGAUCAUCAUCAAUCCGUUUGACGACAUGGUGAAGAAAGUGCAGGUUGCUCAGAGGACGGAACCAGAUGCCAAGAAACCCAAGAAGACGAAGCGGAAAGCUGGGAAGAAUUUGAUGAGUUUCGGCGGUGACGAGGGUGAAGAGGCAGAUUCAGCACCUGUGGCGAAGAAAACAAAGUACAAUACGAAGCUAGUCAGCGCAGGCGCGCAGAUACCGUCGGCCCUAGACGACACGCCUAUGCCCAAGGCGCACAAAGAAGAGAAAUCUAUACCGAUCCGCAAGCCACGGAAGUCUCCAUCCCGAUCACCCUCCCCCAAACCCGCAUUCAAACCAGCGCAUGCCUCACAUCAUCGACGAGAGGAGCCAUCUCCUCCACCUGAGGAACUCUCAUCAGAAGCGGACAAGCAGUCAAAGCUCGAUCGCGUCAAUGCUCAGAUCGCGGAACUCAAGGCCUCAAUGAAGAGAAACACGGGCGCCCAACGGGCAGAACCUACGAAAAAGAAGUCUCUCCUCGAGUCGAUGGUACCCACCAGCACAGCGAAAGGCCGGAAAAGGGGCGCUGCAAGCAGUGCGGCUUCGGAGAAGACUACGCUCGACAUCUUGUCCAAGUUCAAGUCUAAGCUCGAAUCUGCCGCACCCGUGGAUGCCAAGAUGAAAACACCUGAAAUACCUGAGGCGAAUGCAGAGUCUGCUCCUGUUGCGAACGGUAGUAAAGCUGCAGACGAGGAGGAGGUUCCCUGUGAUCUCCACUUCGUCGUAGGCUGCCAGUCCUGCACAGCUUGGGACAAACAAGGCGAGGAAGAAUCAGAUGAUGAUACCGGCUGGAUGAACCACUCCUUGAGCUUUGCCAAAGAUCGCUUGGGUAAAGAUCUGGAGUGGAAGAGAAAGAACGAGGAGGAAUUGUUGGUCAUUGAUCCGCUUGAAAAGGCAAAGGAAUUUAAGGUGGACCGAAAAGGAAAGCGAGACUGGGACGACGGAAAAGGCAAGCGGAAGAUGAAGAUCUAA